AGCAGCAGCGACACCGCAGCGCAGCCUCCAGCCUCACCUGCUCCUCAUCUGCGCUUCCCUCCGCCUCUGUCCGCACACAGACGCUGCCGCAGCACAGAGGGAGCGGACGGACGAGGACGAUCAGCUGAGCAGUCUUCAGGGAAAUAAGGGAAUAUAUAAGGGCGGUGAAAGAUGGUGAAACUAGGGAGUAAUCUUCAAGACAAAGGGGCCAAACCUGUGAGCGUGGAGGACGGCUUUCAGAAUGUGCCCCUCAUCACUCCGCUGGAUGUUGGCAGCCUCCAGAGCCAAGCACCGGACAAGGUGGUGGUGAAAACUCGCACGGAGUACCAGACAGAGAAGAAGAGGCUGAAGGUUCCCAAGGUGGAGGAGUUCACCAUCAGCUUCACUGAUGGGGUGUCUGAGAGACUUAAGGUGACGAUUCUGAUCAUCCUGGCCCUGGCCUUCCUCGCCUGCAUCGUGUUCCUGGUGGUUUAUAAAGCCUUCACCUACGACCACGCCUGCCCGGAUGGAUUCAUUUAUAAGCACAAGCGGUGCAUCCCGGCCUCUCUGGAGGCCUACUACGCCGCCCAGGAUGCCAACUCGAGGGGCCGUUUCUACACAGUGAUCAGCCACUACAGCAUGGCCAAGCAGACCACCUCGCACUCCGUCUCCCCCUGGCUGCCCGGAGGGGCGGGGGGACAGCAGCACGACGCCAAACCCCCGAGUGGCGAGGGCCACUGA